CGCUGCAGGUCUUUGCUCGAACAAGGAACAGUUAUUAGUAAUUUCUAUUAGAUUCCAAUUGACAUUCAAUUUAAAUUUCCAAAUAUGUUGCGAAUUCUGAAGUCCAGCGCCCUGUUGCGUGCAAACAGCAAAAAUUUUGCCGCUGCCGUUGCAAAUUACUCGGCGUUGCCGCAGCCACAGACCCAACCCAAUAUACUGUACACCGGGCUUUUUAUCAACAAUGAAUGGCACAAGAGCAAGUCAGGCAAGACCUUUGUCACCAUUAAUCCCACAACGGAGCAGUCGAUUGCCGAGGUGCAGGCAGCCGGCAAGGAAGAUAUUGAUGUUGCAGUGAAGGCAGCUCGAGAUGCGUUCAAACUUGGCUCGCCCUGGAGACGUUUGGAUGCUUCAGAUCGCGGUCGUCUACUCUACCGUUUGGCUGAUCUGAUGGAACGCGAUCAGGUCUACUUGGCUAGCUUGGAAACUCUGGAUAAUGGCAAACCCUACAGCAUGUCCUAUAAUGUGGAUUUGCCCAUGGCUAUUAAGAAUUUGCGUUAUUUUGCCGGCUGGGCCGACAAGAAUCACGGCAAGACCCUUCCCAUGGAUGGCGAUUUCUUCGCCUACACACGUCACGAACCCGUGGGCGUGUGCGGUCAAAUUAUUCCCUGGAACUUCCCCAUUUUGAUGAUGGCCUGGAAGCUGGGUCCAGCUCUGGCCACUGGCAACACGAUUGUGCUGAAGCCAGCUGAGCAAACUAGCUUGACUGCCCUCUACAUUGCACAGCUGGUAAAGGAGGCCGGUUUUCCCGCGGGUGUUGUGAACGUGGUCCCCGGUUUUGGAGAUGCCGGAGCCGAACUGUCCGGUCACUCGGACGUCGAUAAGGUUGCCUUCACCGGCUCCACCGAUGUUGGUAAACUCAUUCAACUGGCCUCUGGCAACACCAAUCUGAAGCGCGUCACCCUGGAGCUGGGUGGCAAGUCACCCAACAUUGUGCUCGCCGAUUCGGACCUGGACUAUGCUGUGGAAACCUCACAUUUCGGUCUCUUCUUCAACAUGGGUCAAUGCUGCUGUGCCGGCUCACGCACCUUUGUGGAGGACAAGAUCUACGAUGAGUUUGUGGAGCGCAGUGCCGAGCGGGCCAAGAAGCGUACUGUGGGCGACCCCUUCGACCUGAACACUGAGCAGGGACCUCAGGUGAAUGAGGAGCAAAUGGAGAAAAUUUUGGGUCUGAUACAGACCGGCAAGCAACAGGGUGCCAAGCUGGUGGCGGGCGGCAGUCGUCCAGAGAACCUGCCCGGCUACUUUGUGCAGCCCACGGUCUUUGCCGAUGUCCAGGACAACAUGACCAUUGCCCGUGAAGAAAUCUUCGGACCCGUCCAACAGUUGAUACGCUUCAAGAAGCUGGAUGAGGUUAUUGAGCGUGCCAAUAAUUCGGAAUAUGGCCUGGCAGCGGCCGUCUUCACAAAGGACAUCGACAAGGCAAACUACAUUGUGGGUGGUCUGCGUGCUGGCACCGUCUGGGUGAACACAUACAAUGCCCUCGCCGCCCAGACGCCCUUCGGUGGCUACAAGAUGUCCGGCCACGGACGUGAAAAUGGCGAAUACGCCCUAUCCAACUACACCGAAGUGAAGAGCGUCGUCGUCAAGGUGGCCCAGAAGAACUCCUAAGUGUCAAAUAAGCCCUAGUUUUAUUCAGAAAAAUCAACGCACACAUUCAUUGGAUACUCUAUAAAUAUGUAUUAGUAUAUGGUUUCAUGUUUUAUAUUGUUUCUCCAUUUUCCUUUUUCUAAACAUAAAUACAUUUGAAAUAAAUUUGAGAUAACAGUAGUUUUAAAACUAAA